AGACAACAUAAAAAAAACUCAAGUGACAGAAGAAAAAAGUGGGCAAUAGGAGACAAGAGUGUCACCCUGUCUCUAUCUCUAUAAAGAAAGAGAGGGAGAUGGGGAGAGAAAGAUGUUAUUUGGAUAUAAGUAUAGGAGGAGAUUUAGAAGGAAGAAUAAUAGUUGAACUAUUUACUGAUAUUGUACCGAAAACUGCUCAUAACUUCAGGGCACUUUGUAGUGGAGAGGAAGGUGUUAGCCCUGUCACAGGUGUUCCACUUCAUUAUAAGGGAGUUCGUUUUCACAGGCUCGUUAAAAGCUUUAAGAUUGAAGGUGGUGAUAUAUCCUGUGGAGAUGGUACCGGUGGAGAAUCUAUCUACGGUUCAACUUUUGAAGAUGAAAAUUUUGAAAUGAAACAUGAAAGAAAAGGGAUGUUAUCGAUGGUCAACUCUGGUCCGAAUACUAAUGGAUCUCAGUUUCUUAUCACCACGACCCGUGCCCCUCAUUUAGAUGGAAAAAAUGUUGUAUUUGGAAAGGUUGUUAAAGGUAUGGGCGUUGUGAAGUCAAUUGAGCAUGUUGCUAUUGAUGAUAACGAUUGCCCGGUUCCAGAAGUUGUCAUUGUAGAUUGUGGAGAGAUUAAAGAGGGUCAAGAUGACGGAAUUGGGAACUUUUUUAAGGAUGGAGAUAUGUAUCCCGAUUGGCCUGCAGAUCUUGAUGACGCUCCUAAUCAGCUCUUGUGGUGGUUAGAUGCUGUAGAUUUGAUCAGGGCUUCUGGGAAUGAAGCUUUCAAGAAACAAGAUUAUAAAAUGGCGCUCAGAAAGUAUAAGAAAGCUGUACGUUAUCUGGAUGUCUGCUGGGAUAAAGAAGGAGUUGACGAUGAUCGAAGUAUUUCUAUGGGAAAGAAAAAGGCGACAAUAUUCACAAACAGUUCUGCUUGUAAACUGAAACUAGGGGAUCCAAAGGGAGCAUUAAUUGACACAGAGUUUGCAUUGCGUGACAGUGACAACAAUGCAAAGGCUUGGUUUCGCCAAGGUCAGGCAUAUAUGGCGCUCAAUGAGGUGGAUGCAGCAUUAGAAAGUUUUAAGAAGGCAAAAGAGUUGGAGCCAAAUGAUGCUGGAAUUAAAAGGGAGCUCCAGAUAGCACUGAGAAGGGUUGCUGAUAGGGUUGAGAAAGAGAAGAAGGCAUACUCCAGAAUUUUCACCAAAUAGUUUUCUUGGAGCCAUUUUGUUAUCAAUGAGGGCUCAUAAAUUUUGUAAGAUCCUUGCAUAAGCGUCGAGCAUUGUUACACAGGUUGUGAAUUUUCAUCUAUACUUCCUACCAAGAGAGUACAUUGAGCAUACACAUAUAAAGAUUCAAGAUUUACCAACAUAUGCUUUCAUAUGCCAAGUGUUUUCGAUCCUUCGUCAAAGAUGUUAAGCUGAUUGAGUGGAAGUGUGGAACCACUCAUGUAUCUGCGCUCUAAUCCAUCACUGAUCACAAAUCAAUUCUGUCAUAUUUUCUUCAAACUUCAUCGACUAUUACAAACAUGCCGUCUACUUAUAUCUGUUUUUUAUGCUGAGGUUUUGUUAUAGAAAAUAACAAAAGUAACAUUUGGAAA